UAAUUUGGUAUAAAUACACCAACUUUCCCCGAUUUUGAAAUUAGACACGGGCUUUAAAAUCUUCCUGACAAUACACAACCUUUGCACCCAUUUUUAAUUUUGGCCCGCCUAAAUUUUCCGAUCAAAUACGUGGCAAUACUGAUCCGACGUGUACAUUUGUCAUCCAACCUGUACAUUGACAAUAAUGACAUGGCUUUUUUUAAUUCCAAAACGUGCACAUUUUGGGAAAAACCCUAGAAACGUUGUCGUCUUGUAUCCAUUCGUUGAUUUCCUAAUUAGGGUUGCGAAAAAAACUGAAACUUGAAGAAAUCGUCGAGGAAGGUCGAAGAUGGCAGAUAGGUAAGUGAAAUUUGCAAAUGUAUGAAAUUUAAUGAAUUUAGUGUGUGAAUAAGUUGAUUUAGCUGUGUCUUUUCUUGUAUUGUUAAUUUUGCAGUUCGUUUAGAAUGUUUAUACAACAUGGUGGGCGAUUUCAUGAAACUAAUACUGGGGGUGAACAAUAUUAUGGUGGAAAAACUGAGUGUCGUAGUGGGUUAGAUACUGAUUUCUUUGGCUACUUCGAUUUAAUUGACGAAGUUAAAAAGUUAGGAUAUGAGUCAUGGGAAAAUAUUUGGUGUAAGGAGCUGGAUUCAAAUGCUUUUAGCUUACUUGAGGACGACAAUGAUGUUCUUUCUAUGUUAAGUCAGUUGACUCCAAAUCGUAGACAUAUUAGAGUAUAUGUUGAGGGUGAUAAGAAGCCUGCAUUGUCAAUUGGAGAGGGUAAUAUGGUUGUUGGAGAAGAAACUGCUCAUAAAUUGGGUGCAACUCAUGAAGCAAGCCCUGAGGUGCAGCGACCUACAAAGAAGUCUAAGGGUAAGGAGAAAUUAACUGAUAAUGUUAAGGGUAAGGGUAAGGAGAAGGUGGUAGAGACUGUAAGAGAGACUGUCAAUGAAAAAGUUAGGGAUAAAUUUAGUGAUAAACACACUAAGAAGGUUACUAAGAAGGUUAGUGAAAGCAUUGAUGAACUGAUGACUGAAAAAAUUACUGAGAAGGUUAAUGAAAAGGAGAGUGAGAAGGUUAGUGAGAGGCAAGUUGAUAGAGUCACUGAAAGUGAGAGAGUCCAACUGAAUGAUCAGGUCAGUGAGGAAGAAAGUGAUGAUGAUUAUGUUCCUAGAGAUGGGGAGGAAACUGAAGAUAGCUUAAGUGAUAGAGAGUUAGCUGAUGAGGAUGAGGAAUACAUGUCAAGCCGUAGGGAUAUUAGAAUUGACAGAGACACCUUUAAUGAUAUUGGAAGAUGCAUUGCCGCAACAAUUGAUGAUGAGGCAGUGGAUGACCAAGCUUUGGCUAUAUCUGAGUAUGAGGAUAGUACAGAUGGAAAUUGCCCCUAUGAAAGUGAUGAAGAGUCUGAUGGUGAAAAAAACAGGGUGAGGAAGGUUACUUAUGAUCCAAGAUGUGAUCAUAAAAGAUUGGAGAUUGAACUAGGAAUGAGAUUUGCAAGUGGGAAACAGUGCAGGGAUGCUUUGACAACCAAAGCAAUUUGUGAGGGAUGGAAUCUGCAUUUUAGUAGGGUGGGUAGUAGAAAAUGUGAGGCAAGAUGUGAGGAUCCUUGCAAUUGGAGAUGCUAUGGCAGUGUGGUUGAGAAAGAGGGAACUUUCGUGAUCAAAUAUCUUACAUCAAAGCCUCAUACAUGUAGAAGAAGAAGAGAUAACUUACUAGUGAGUUCAAAUUGGAUAGCAAGACAGUAUUUGAAUGUCUUUAGGAUGAGGCAGAAUUUUACAAUUGAUGAUUUGAGGGCUGAUAUUUGUGAGAGAUAUGGCACAGAACCGAAGGCAAACAGAUUGUACAAAGCAAAAUCACUUGCUUUGGAAACAUUGAGGGGUUCAGUGACUGCUCAUUAUGCCAAAUUGAGGAGUUACUUGGCUGAAAUGAUGACCAGUGAUCCAGAGGGGAAAUUUGAGCUAUUAUGCAGCGAAGGAGCUAUCUUUAGAGGGCUGUACAUUGGUUUCAGCUCAUUGGUGAAAGGGUUCAAAGCUGGGUGUAGACCAAUAAUAGGACUAGAUGGAUGUUUUCUGAAAACACAUCUAGGUGGGAUUUUGCUUUGUGCUGUGAGUAAAGAUGGUAAUAAUCAGAUGUAUCCAUUGGCUUGGGCUGUUGUGGAGGUGGAGAAUGAAGAAAACUGGAAGUGGUUCAUUGAAAGACUGAUGGAGCAGUUGGGGACAGAACAAGGUGGAGGUUACACCUUCAUUUCUGACCAACAAAAGGGACUGACAAAAUCAUUGGCAGAUUUAGCACCUAUGGUCGAGCAUAGGAAUUGUGCUAGACAUGCCUAUGCAAACUGGAACAAGAAGAAUAAAGGCAUUCAUUUGAAGAACAUGUUUUGGAGUUGUGUAAGAAGUACAUAUUUGGAGGAGUGGCAGAUGGCAGUUGAUGAAAUGAGGAAGGAGAAUGAGCAAGCCUAUCUUGACUUCAUGGAGAGAGAACCGGCCAAAUUCUGUAAGGCUUUCAUUAGUACCCAUUGUAAAUGUGAUAUGGUUGAUAAUAACAUAAGUGAAACUUUUAAUGGGUACAUAGUUAAGUCUAGAGGAAAGCAUAUUAUUACUAUGUGUGAGGAAAUAAGAUGUUAUGUGAUGGAGAGGCAGUAUAAGAAGCUUAGUGAGGCUGGCUCUAUGAAAGAUACUAUGUGUUUUAGAAUUAGGAAGACUGUUGAGGAGUUGAAGUUCAAAAGUAGGUACUGUGAUGUUCAUCCAGCUGUUGGUGGUUUAUACGAGGUGCAUCUUUAUGAUGAUAAGUUCAUUGUUAGUCUUGAGGAAAAGGUGUGUAGUUGUAGAUCAUGGGAGUUAAGUGGGAUCCCAUGUCUUCAUGCUACUGCUGCAAUCAUGUACAUGAAAGAGGGGGUGGAGGAAUAUGUGCAUGAUUACUACAGCAUUGAGAGGUAUAAGAGAGCUUAUGAGAAUGGAAUCAAACCUUUAAGAGGUGAGAAGAUGUGGCCUCAUGCAGAGGGUUGGCCUGUUCAGCCACCUGCAUUUUCAAAGAGGGCAGGAAGGCCAAAAAAAAAGAGGGUUAGAGAACAUAACGAGAAACAGCCCACCAACCCAAACAAAUUGAGAAGAUUUGGGCUUGUAAUGACAUGUAAGAACUGUUGGCAGAAGGGGCACAAUACAAGAGGAUGCAAGAAUGAGAAGUGUGAUCCACCAGCCAAGGAAAAGAGAAGAAGAGGCAGACCAGCAAAAGCUCAUUCAGAGGCUCAAUCAAGCCAAGUAACUGGAACAGAGACUAGCUCUCUUACAAAUGCAUCCUCUGCCCCAAAUCCUCCUAAUCCUCGAGCUCCCACAUCACUCCCACUCCAAGUUAAGAAAACAAUUGCAAAGGAGAGAGCACUUGCUAGGAAAGGAAUUGGCACGAUGGUUACAGAGUCAUGGAACAUCUAUUUCAGGGGUUCUAGCAAUCAAAAAGGUUCAAAAUUCAUCAAUCCAAGGAAGGUAUCUGAGCUCCCAAACACUCAAGAAAGCGGGAAUGAUGGAGUGUAAUGGAGUAAAGAGAACUCAAGCAAGUGUAAUAGAUGGUCUAGGCAUCAACAAUGAUAAAAAUUAUGGUUUAGUAAUCCAUGUAUUAUUAUGAUAUUUGAGACAACUUUUUCAUUUGUUGUAAGAAUUCUGGUACAAUGUGAUUGAAUCUAAUUUCCAAUCAAUUUGUGUUAUGUA